AUGGCGACUGUUGAUCUGCCAACUCCCCCGGCUACUGCGCGGGCUUCCCCUAAGCCUGGUGUAGGUGCUAGCUCGACAUCCCCGGCCUCAGCUACCAUCCCCAAGCCCUAUGAAGUUCCAAAAAUCAAUAUUUUGAAUCGCUUUAUCGAUGAACCAAGAGAACUGAAUGUGGUAGUCAUCGGAGCUGGACUGGCAGGGAUUUUGGCCGGCAUAUUGUUGCCCAAGAAAGUCCCGGGGAUUAAACUCACCAUAUAUGAGAAGAAUGCAGAUGUUGCUGGAACGUGGUUUGAGAACAUUUAUCCUGGUUGGACCGAAGAGUUCGCCCAAGGCCCCGAGAUUCUCGAGUACUGGAAAGGGCUAUCAAGGAAAUAUGACUUGUACAAGUUCUUGAAGCUCUCUCAGAGGGUCGACGCGCUGGACUGGGAUCCGGCUACGUCUCAGUGGCUCAUCAAUGUCCACGAUCUAAAGUCAGAUACGUCGCGAGUUGAAAGGGCGGAUUUUGUCCUCACAGCUAUUGGAAGAUUCAAUGCCUGGAAACUUCCUAAUUACCCUGGCAUCAAUGAUUUCAAAGGUCUCCUACGACACACCUCCAACUGGGACCCGACAUUUGAUGUCACCGGCAAGAAAGUUGCUGUCAUCGGCAACGGAGCCAGUGGCAUCCAGCUCGUUGCCAACAUCCAGAAGCGAGUCAAGCAGCUGGAUCACUAUGCCAGAAACAAUACUUGGGUAGCAGCCUCUUUCGCUGGCCACGAGACGUCCAUUGAACCCAAGGUUAUCCCCAAGGAGCUCCGUGAGUCGUUCAAAGACCCGGAGGUGUAUCUCAAAUACCGCAAAGAGAUGGAGCAGACCUACUUCAGAGGCUUCCAGGGUUGGUUGAAGGGCUCUGAGAUCAACGACAAAGCAAAAGAGACUUUUACACAGCUUGCGAAGACGCGAUUGGCAAGCAAGCCGGAGUUGUUUGAAAAGAUCAUUCCCGAUUUUUCUCCUCACUGCCGUCGACUUACACCAGGACCGGGGUACUUUGAGGCUCUCUCACAACCCAAUGUUGAGUACAUCCAGACACAUAUCAAAAGAUUCACCGAGACGGGCAUCGAGACAGUAGAUGGACAGACUCGCGAUGUCGACGCCAUCUUCUGUGCCACAGGAGCCAACUCUGACAUGGCACCUCCUUUCCCCAUCCGCUCAGGAGGAUCUGAUUUGAGCUACGACUGGAGCCAUGGAGGCACAUACGGCUUCCCCUACGCUUACAUGGGAGUUGCCUCACCAGGCUUCCCGAAUCUGCUCUUCAUUCACGGUCCCAGCGCCUCGGGAAGAUCAGGCACAGUGCCGCACAACGUGGAGAACCAGAUUACCUUUUUCGCAAAGAUCCUUCGCAAGGUUAGUCGUGAAGGCAUCAAGAGCAUCACACCAUCCAGAAAGGCCACCGACGACUUUGUAGCCUACAACGACGCCUUCUUCGAGACCACGGUGCUCUCUGAAAACUGCAGCUCAUGGUAUAAUGGCGGCAUCCCAGGAGGCCGAAUCCAUGGCCUGUGGCCCGGCAGCGCCACGCACCUGACCGUUGUCCAAAAGGAUCCACGGUGGGAAGAUUGGGAAUACGAGUACCUCUCCGAUUCGGGCAACCGGUUUGCAUGGUAUUUCGGAAAUGGAAGCACUCGGGUCGAGGCCGAUCCACAGUCGGACAUCACUCCGUAUCUCACUGCCGGCGAGCCUGAUUUACGAAGCGUUCACGAGAACUGGUGGGUCAUACCGUAG